GAAGGGGAAGGAGAAGUUAGUAUUAGUAGUAGAUAGUGAUAGUAGUAGAUUUUUAAUUCAAGAGAGAGCGACGUAAUCAGUGCGGCGUAGGAUAAUAAGACAGAUGGGGAACCAAGGAAAACCACGAAUCGCCAUGGAGAUCGGCAGGGAAGACGUAUAAAAAGAACCGCAGCCAUACAGCGUAUGUAUCUACGGGGGGCCCGGUCGCGUGCUCAGUUACCGUCCGCCGCUGCAGCGAGUGGCAAUGGCCUGGAGAACCGGAACUGACCAGCCUUGCCAGCCUUGGCGAUGGCCUUACAGUGCCGAUCCGGGUGGAUGGCCUGGCAGACUCUGCGUGUCAGCGUUGCAGCCAUCUUGUUCGUUUCCUUGGAUGUUCUACUACGUCCGGAGGGUCCUAUCUAUCUAUCGUGUAUCUACACAGUAUCAAGUAGAUACUAUCCUGGGGAUGUGUGUAUCACCGACACUAGAAACCACUAGACGCCCGUCUAGUACCUUGCGUACGCGGUCUGAGGCCAAUAGCAUGACGAAGAUAGCACGGCUUGUUCCGACAAGAGUUAGCCCGAGGACGCCUACCUUUGUCUUGGGUUCGCACCUGAGAUGCGUGCAAAGUGGGUGGUCCGCGGCAUUGGGGCCGCGUCAUAGCCUGGUAGUGGCAUGUCCACUCCACCCAUGGGCCCAAUACCCUCCUCACUUUACCCGCUCACCAUCCAAACCGUCCCUAGUUUCAGGUGACAGUUGGCCUCCUGCUGCUGUCAUCACACCGGGAACGGAUGACGAGGCUGGGUCUCAGGCUCUUUUCUGGUCAAGCCCCCUUCACCACCCUUAAUGAAGCGGCUAGACGGUUUCGCGUUGUACAGUUAAAAAGCAAGGGCAGUAAUGCUCCACGCGGCCGAUAGGGAAG